AAAUUUGGUCACGCUUGAUCAUUCCCGAUUUGUAACGGAUAUAUUCUCGAAUCACUUGGAUUCCGUUACAAAAGCAAAUGACUAUAUAUAUAUAUAUAUAUAUAUAUAUAUAUAUAUAUAUAUAUAUAUAUAUAUAUAUAUAUAUAUAUAUAUAUAUAUAUAUAUAUAUAUAUAUAUAUAUAUAGUCAUUUGGAGUCAUUCAAGAGACACUAGAAUUAUGUAGAUAACCAGACAGUUAUGCAUACACUAAUGCUAUCAAUAAUCCUUCUAUCGUAAUGUAAUGGUGUCAUUUAUUCACUCGAACCUUCGAUUCAGCGUUGAUAUAAAGUAACCUGAAGUAACAUAACGCACAUUAUGUAAAGCUUCCGUGCUAUGUGGCCAUCAUACUUUUCAUGUCAUACAGUGUUGAUUUCAUAGUUUAGUCAUUAACUUGAUAAUUCUUCCUAGUUAGCUGUUCUUGUUCCGCGCUUAUCUAUUACUAUUUUUUAAUUUGUCGUUACAUUUCUACUGUAGGUACGUUUCGUCGAGCAAUUUUACUAAUUAAUGAUGUAUACGAGUUGUGUUAACGAGCCUAUUAUCUGUCAAGCUGCUGUUGCUUGGGAACCAAGUAAACUGCUAGUGAUUGAAGAGGUUGAAGUUGCUCCUCCAUCAAGUGGGGAAGUGAGGAUCAAGAUUCAUUCUUCUGGAGUUUGUCAUACAGAUGCAUAUACUUUGAGUGGUCAUGAUCCUGAGGGAGUUUUUCCUGUCAUUCUUGGACAUGAAGGUGCAGGUGUUGUAGAAAGCGUUGGGGAAGGUGUAUCGUCUGUUGUUCCGGGAGACCACGUCAUUCCACUAUACAUUCCACAAUGUAAUCAAUGCAAAUUUUGUCUAUCUAAGAAAACGAAUUUAUGCUCAAAGAUAAGGUAAACAUUUCAGUUAAUUCAAUGCUUUGUAGGGAAACGCAAGGAAAAGGCCUCAUGCCUGAUGGAUCUGUUCGUUUCAAAUGUCGUGGUAGACAAGUGCAUCACUUCAUGGGCUGUAGCACUUUUAGUGAAUACACAGUGCUACCUGAAAUUAGCUUAGCAAAAAUUGAUAAAAAUGCCCCACUGAAUAAAGUUGGCCUUUUGGGUUGUGGCAUAAGCACGGGUUAUGGAGCUGUCUUUAAUACUGCUAGUAACAAUGUUUUUGCAACUUGGUUUAUGAUGUUAAUAUUCAGAAGUUGAGAAAGAGAGCAUAUGUGCUGUUUGGGGUCUUGGAGCCGUUGGAUUAGCAGUCAUAAUGGGAUGCAGAAUAGCUGGUGCUAGAAGAAUUAUUGGAAUAGAUAUUAAUGAAAACAAGUUUGGUUUAGCUCUGUCUUUUGGAGCUACAGAAUGCAUAAAUCCUGCGAAGCAUUCUAAGCCGAUACAACAGGUUAUUGUUGAAAUAACUGAUGGAGGUUGUGAUUAUUCUUUUGAAUGUGUCGGGAAUGUGGCUACUAUGCGUCAAGCUUUAGAAUCGUGUCACAAGGGCUGGGGUGUUUCAGUUAUAAUUGGUGUAGCGGAGGCUGGGGCAGAAAUCUCAACUCGACCAUUCCAACUUGUAACUGGUCGUACAUGGAAGGGUUGUGCUUUUGGAGGUGCCAACUCUUACAGCUUUCUUCUAACUAACCAAGGAAGUCAGUCGCAACAUAGAACCUGGUUCGUAUGCACAACCGUCCAAGGUGCCAUACCCCAUUUGUACAAAGAGAUUAUUGUUAAUGGAAAUCCAAAAGUUUUAGAGGUGGUGAUAUUAUUAAUGGUAAGUCGAAAUGGUCAAGUAUCAAAAACACAAUUCAAGAACACUUAAAUUAGUAAAAUGAAGAAAAAUUGUAUGGAAUUUGUGGGAUGACAAAGAACGGAUGCAUCUGCCCUAUGGCAAAGUGUUUCGAGCUUUGUCACUCAGUCUCUAAUCAUUAGUUACAAUAAUCACUCAGACCUCAACCAGGUAGUCUGCAUCUGUUAACUUGACAACGAUUUUGCAGUUUAAAUAAACUAUAAUUCUUAUUCAGUUGAUUAUUUAUUAUGAUGGUCAAUUCUAAAUAUAAUAAAACUAUUUGCGUUUGCAAAUAUAUAUAUAUA